CACUGCUGGUAGCGCCUCCUCCCUCCCUCCCUGCUCCUCCUCCGCGCUGCAGUGAACAGCCGCGCACUUCACAUCGCCGCAGAUUCUCUUGCUCGACGACCACGGCAGGAGGGCUGGGGUGGUGAAGACGGCGCACAUCACCACCAUCACCGAGCAUCAUCGCAGCCGACACGCAGAUCCGCGCACGACAGCCACCAGCGCACAACCGUAACAGGGCACGCGACCGAACCGUCGUCUCGACUGACGCAGGCCGGGCCCUCAUCUGUCUCUGUCUCUCUCGUCACCUGCGCCCCCCCCGACUCCAUCACCCGCCCCGUGACGGCGGCACAAUGCGCGAGAUCGUCCACGUGCAGGCCGGCCAGUGCGGCAACCAGGUCGGGUCCAAGUUCUGGGAGGUGAUCAGUGAGGAACAUGGCAUCGACAGGACGGGCUCAUACCGCGGAUACAACGCGCGGCUGCAGAUGGAGAGGAUCAACGUCUACUACAGCGAGGCGACGAGUGGCAAGUUCGUGCCGAGGGCGAUCAUGGUGGACCUAGAGCCGGGCACCAUGGACGCGGUCCGCUCGGGUCCCCUGGGCCACAUGUUCCGCCCGGACAACUUCGUGUUCGGCCAGAGCGGCGCGGGUAACAACUGGGCCAAGGGCCACUACACGGAGGGCGCGGAGCUGGUGGACUCGGUGCUGGACGUGGUGCGCAAGGAGGCGGAGAACUGCGACUGCCUGCAGGGCUUCCAGCUGACGCACUCGCUGGGCGGGGGUACCGGCUCGGGCAUGGGCACCCUGCUCAUCAGCAAGAUCCGCGAGGAGUACCCCGACCGCAUCAUGAACACCUUCAGCGUGGUGCCCUCCCCUAAGGUGUCGGACACGGUGGUGGAGCCGUACAACGCGACGCUGUCGGUGCACCAGCUGGUGGAGAACACGGACGAGACGUACUGCAUCGACAACGAGGCCCUCUACGACAUCUGCUUCCGCACUCUCAAGCUGGCCAACCCGGCGUACGCCGACCUCAACCACCUGGUGUCGGCCACCAUGAGCGGCGUCACCACCUGCCUGCGCUUCCCGGGCCAGCUCAACGCCGACCUGCGCAAGCUCGCCGUCAACAUGGUGCCCUUCCCGCGCCUGCACUUCUUCAUGCCGGGCUUCGCGCCGCUCACCAGCCGCGGCUCGCAGCAGUACCGCGCGCUCACCGUGCCCGAGCUCACCCAGCAGAUGUUCGACGCCAAGAACAUGAUGGCGGCGUGCGACCCGCGGCACGGCCGCUACCUGACGGUGGCCGCCAUCUUCCGCGGCCGCAUGUCCAUGAAGGAGAUCGACGAGCAGAUGCUGAGCGCGCAGACCAAGAAUAGCAGCUACUUCACCGACUGGAUCCCCAACAACGUGAAGACGGCCGUGUGCGACAUCCCGCCGCGCGGCCUCAGCAUGUCCGUCACAUUCAUCGGGAACAGCACCGCCAUCCAGGAGCUGUUCAAGCGAAUCUCCGAGCAGUUCACGGCCAUGUUCCGCCGCAAGGCCUUCCUGCACUGGUACACGGGCGAGGGCAUGGACGAGAUGGAGUUCACCGAGGCGGAGAGCAACAUGAACGACCUCGUGUCCGAGUACCAGCAGUACCAGGACGCCACGGCCGAGGAGGAGGAGGGCGAGUUCGAGGAGGACUACGAGGAGGAUGAGGCAGAGGAGGAGGACGCGGCUCCGCACGAGAGUUACUGAACAUGGGCGCCGCCGUGACGGAUCGAACGCGACACCGCCACCCAGGCCGGAACCACGGCGAUCGCAUAGCUCCACACGUAGUCCCACACCAUUCGCUCGAGCCCUAACCCAUAGUCAAUAGUCAACCCCGUAGCCUGGCCCAAGCCAUACGGCCUUUAUCAGAACCGUAGCCUGAACACAAACCCUCUCGCUAGCCCGAGCCAUGAACCCAAGCCAGACACUAGGCCUGACUCAUACAACAGAUCUAUCCCGAUCCACAGGCUUCAUAGAACCAUAGCUAGCCCACACUCAAAACAUAGCACUGCCCAUGACACUAAUCAUAGCCGACUGUAGCUUUUCUCACAACUAACAUCAAUAACACUAACUUUAGCUGUAGUGCUACCAUACUCCACGUCCACAGUGCUAAUACGGAGGCACGGAGACAAUACCUGAAUAAAGAACGAGACCCCUAGGCUUAGGCAUAGGCCUCGAUUGAAUUAUCGCCCUCGGAUAACUCUAGCUGACGUUGAACCGCUAGGCCUAGCGCUCUCCCUAACCUUGGUACAAGUCCGUAUCCAAAACCCUCGGCCCAGGGUUCUAUAAGGGAGCCUGUGGAUCAAGCGCAAUGUUAAGGCCAGUGGCUUGGUACAGUAACCAUGCUUCAACAUCUCGCAGCUGCUGUGCUCUGGACCAGAGCCCGAACCCCGUCUCUAAUCCCGACCUGCCCCGUCUCCUCGUCUCCCAUGCAUGGUCGCAGUGCCCAUUAGCACCAUAUCACUUUGGUCUCCUGGGAUCUACAACCAUUUCCCAUUGGUGGUGGCAACAGUAUUAUUCAGAGUAGCAGCAGCAGUGUGUUUUCACCGUGACUCCGUUGUGUGUUCUUUUGCCAAUCUCAGAUAAUGAAUGAAGACCUUGCUCCCUCUCACUGUGCGUUAAAGCCCCCACUCCCUCCUACCCCCCCCACCCCAUUCAGCUUAUAAAUAAAGCCUACGGUGUAGGUUCGGAGCACCACCAUUCUCUCGUAAAAUGUCAAACGGCACCGUGAAUAAACGUGCGGCUUGUGCACACGGCCA